AUGAAGAGGACUGAGGCUGAGGUGGGCCAGGACGCAGCCAUCUUUAUUUAUAUAGCGCAUUUCAGCCAGCUCCACAACAACAGCUCCAACGUGGACUUUACACACAGCUCUCAGAGGUGUCCAUCCCUCAGUCCUCAUAAGUCUCCAUCCCUCAGUGCUCAUAAGUCUCCAUCCCUCAGUGCUAAUAAGUCUCCAUCCCUCAGUCCUCAUAAGUCUCCAUCCCCCAGUCCUCAUAAGUCUCCAUCCCUCAGUGCUAAUAAGUCUCCAUCCCUCAGUGCUAAUAAGUCUCCAUCCCUCAGUCCUCAUAAGUCUCCAUCCCUCAGUGCUCAUAAGUCUCCAUCCCUCAGUACUAAUAAGUCUCCAUCCCUCAGUCCUCAUAAGUCUCCAUCCCCCAGUCCUUGUAAGUCUCCAUCCCCCAGUCCUCAUAAGUCUCCAUCCCCCAGUCCUUGUAAGUCUCCAUCCCUCAGUCCUCAUAAGUCUCCAUCCCUCAGUCCUCAAAAGUCUCCAUCCCUCAGUGCUCAUAAGUCUCCAUCCCUCAGUCCUCAUAAGUCUCCAUCCGUCAGUGCUCAUAAGUCUCCAUCCCUCAGUGCUAAUAAGUCUCCAUCCCUCAGUCCUCAUAAGUCUCCAUCCCUCAGUGCUCAUAAGUCUCCAUCCCUCAGUGCUAAUAAGUCUCCAUCCCUCAGUCCUCAUAAGUCUCCAUCCCCCAGUCCUUGUAAGUCUCCAUCCCCCAGUCCUCAUAAGUCUCCAUCCCCCAGUCCUUGUAAGUCUCCAUCCCUCAGUCCUCAUAAGUCUCCAUCCCCCAGUCCUCAUAAGUCUCCAUCCCUCAGUCCUCAUAAGUCUCCAUCCCUCAGUCCUCAUAAGUCUCCAUCCCUCAGUCCUCAUAAGUCUCCAUCCCUCAGUCCUCAUAAGUCUCCAUCCCUCAGUCAUCAUAAGUCUCCAUCCCUCAGUGCUCAUAAGUCUCCAUCCCUCAGUGCUAAUAAGUCUCCAUCCCUCAGUCCUCAUAAGUCACCAUCCCCCAGUCCUCAUAAGUCUCCAUCCCUCAGUGCUAAUAAGUCUCCAUCCCUCAGUGCUAAUAAGUCUCCAUCCCUCAGUCCUCAUAAGUCUCCAUCCCUCAGUGCUCAUAAGUCUCCAUCCCUCAGUGCUAAUAAGUCUCCAUCCCUCAGUCCUCAUAAGUCUCCAUCCCCCAGUCCUUGUAAGUCUCCAUCCCCCAGUCCUCAUAAGUCUCCAUCCCCCAGUCCUUGUAAGUCUCCAUCCCUCAGUCCUCAUAAGUCUCCAUCCCUCAGUCCUCAAAAGUCUCCAUCCCUCAGUGCUCAUAAGUCUCCAUCCCUCAGUCCUCAUAAGUCUCCAUCCGUCAGUGCUCAUAAGUCUCCAUCCCUCAGUGCUAAUAAGUCUCCAUCCCUCAGUCCUCAUAAGUCUCCAUCCCUCAGUGCUCAUAAGUCUCCAUCCCUCAGUGCUAAUAAGUCUCCAUCCCUCAGUCCUCAUAAGUCUCCAUCCCCCAGUCCUUGUAAGUCUCCAUCCCCCAGUCCUCAUAACUCUCCAUCCCCCAGUCCUUGUAAGUCUCCAUCCCUCAGUCCUCAUAAGUCUCCAUCCCUCAGUCCUCAAAAGUCUCCAUCCCUCAGUGCUCAUAAGUCUCCAUCCCUCAGUCCUCAUAAGUCUCCAUCCGUCAGUGCUCAUAAGUCUCCAUCCCUCAGUGCUAAUAAGUCUCCAUCCCUCAGUCCUCAUAAGUCUCCAUCCCUCAGUGCUCAUAAGUCUCCAUCCCUCAGUGCUAAUAAGUCUCCAUCCCUCAGUCCUCAUAAGUCUCCAUCCCCCAGUCCUUGUAAGUCCUCCAUCCCCCAGUCCUCAUAA